CAAACUGCCACGACGGCCACGGGACGAACUAAUCUGCAAAAGCAGCAGGCGUCAUAUUUGCUUGUGUUGAUAUUUUUUGCAUUUCUCCCUCAACUUUUGUGAUGAAAUUGAAUCUAAUCCGUUUGUAAAAACUGUUUACCAAAAAACGAGCAAGGUAAGCUAUGAAGAAAUCCUCGUAGGCCUCAAAAACAAGCGAGAAUCUAGCGCUGUAACGCAUCGACUUGUACCUCUCAUGUCUGUUUUAUUUUUGUUGAUCGCGAAAAAAUGUUGCUCUGAUAAAUACCAGUACCAGGAAAUGCGCUGUUAGUACCAGCCGCUGUACCGGAUUGUAGUGAAUAACAUCUAGAGUGCCGUUCAGCGAGUGUAUUGACUUUUGAUUAACUCUGAUAAUCUGACCAUGGCUAUCUCGACGGCAUCGACGGAUUAUCAAUGUUAUGCCACUCAGUUUUUAGAUUUAGAUUUCUUGGGAAUGGAUACCGACGAAGGAGAAUCGUCAAGUAGCGGGCCGAUUUCAACUUUGAAUAGUCUCUUUUCCUUCACGAGCCCCGCUGUAAAAAAGCUGCUCGGAUGGAAACAGGGUGACGAAGAGGAAAAAUGGGCAGAGAAGGCUGUGGAUAGUCUUGUGAAAAAGUUGAAAAAACGGAAGGGGGCUAUUGAGGAGUUGGAAAGGGCACUUUCGUGUCCUGGGACUCCCAGCAAGUGUGUUACAAUACCUCGCAGCUUAGAUGGAAGAUUACAGGUAUCUCAUCGCAAAGGCCUUCCGCACGUCAUCUACUGUCGAGUAUGGCGCUGGCCGGAUUUGCAAAGCCACCACGAACUGAAACCGCUGGAACAUUGCCAGUAUCCAUUUUCGGCCAAACAAAAAGAAGUCUGCAUCAACCCGUACCACUACAAAAGGGUGGAGAGUCCUGUACUCCCGCCAGUCCUGGUGCCUAGGCACAAUGAUUUUGUGCCUGGACAUUCACUCUUACCUUUCCAGAAUUUGGUCGAGCCCAAUAUGCCUCAUAAUGUCAGCUACUCUACAAGUGGGUUCACUGCAAACAUACCACCUAGUUCUCCGAUCUCUAACGUAUCCAGCCCAGGCAGCGUGAACUCAAACAACCCUCAAUCUCCGUACGCCACCUUGGCCGAAACCCCGCCCCCUGCAUACAGCCCCACUGAUGAAAACAACUCGAACACUAACAAUAACCCGAGCCCGGAACCCCCGUUAAGCACCCAUUCGGACGUUCAGCCAGUGGCGUACCAAGAGCAGCCCUUCUGGGCUUCGAUAGCUUACUACGAACUCAACAGCAGGGUGGGGGAGGUGUUUCAUUGUCACUCCACGUCGGUCAUCGUGGACGGGUUUACAAAUCCCAGCAACAACAGCGACAGAUUCUGCUUGGGGCAGUUGAGUAAUGUCAACAGGAAUUCCACCAUUGAGAAUACCAGGCGGCAUAUAGGAAAGGGUGUGCAUUUGUACUAUGUAAACGGCGAAGUGUACGCCGAAUGUCUCUCGGACUCCGCCAUAUUCGUCCAAUCUCGCAAUUGCAACCACCAUCACGGUUUCCAUCCGUCGACCGUCUGCAAGAUUCCAGCCGGCUGUUCGUUACGCAUCUUCAACAACGCGGAAUUCGCGCAGCUUUUGUCGCAGUGCGUCAACCAUGGCUUCGAAGCUGUUUACGAACUCACUAAGAUGUGCACGAUUCGUAUGAGCUUCGUGAAAGGCUGGGGGGCAGAGUACCACCGCCAAGACGUGACUAGUACUCCCUGUUGGAUCGAAGUACAUCUCCAUGGGCCACUUCAGUGGUUGGACAAAGUGCUUACACAAAUGGGAGCCCCGCAUAAUGCUAUCAGCUCUGUGUCAUAAGGUACAGUGAAGUGUUCAGCAACCCUGAAAAACAGAUGUAAGUGCAACAUGUGUACUUUGGAAAUUGUACCUUUCUAGACAAUUAUUAUAGUCCAUAGUCCCUAAACAUUUUUUUUUUGUCAAUAGUACUGUUUAGUAAGUAUAGUUUUUUAAGAACUAGUACAAAUGCUCUGUAAUGCAUAUUAUGACGUGUAUAGACAUUUCAGUUUAAGUUUCACUUAAAAAGUACACAUUGAACUCUUUUUCCAGUACAGUCAAAUUACAUCAAAAAUGCCCCAAAAUUGGCAAAAUACUUUUUAAUGAAGAAGUAGCAAAUUACGUUCAAUGUGGAAUGAAAAUAUAGACUCAACUGGACUAAAUCAACAUUUCAUCAAAUAAUUUUUAGUUUUUGUGCUAAUAUUUGUCCCGUUGUUGAACAUAAAUGGGAUAACUAGCAAAAAUCCCCUCUAGACAAUAUUUUGAAGGUUAGUAGAAGAAACGUUAUUUUCAUAUACUUAAAAUAUCUAAUAAACUUAAUUUUGCAAACUAUAAACGAAAAUUGUAACAAAAAACAUGCUUGAGAUAAAAAGCCAAAGUCAGGUUCAAUCAACAUUUUGUAGUACUAGUAAAUUAUAUUCAGCAACUUUGCAUAAUCAAAAUCUUGUUAAAUUUACUUCUAAAUAGAUGUGAAUGGACUUCAAAAAAUUGCAUUUUUAAUAACUGAAAUAUUGUGCAUUCGUUUUCCAGUGAUGAUGCAGUUUAUUCCCUUAUUUAAAGGUUCUUAAGGAAGCCGAUUUCUAUUCUGAACAUCCUUUCAAGGAGUGAUAGUAUACAGGAUGCGCCAUCUAUUACUUUUUCUAUUUGAAAAAUCAACACGCUUUUUACGAGGUGAAAUCGAAUUUUUUUAUUGAUAAAUGGAGGUUGGUUUAUGCCAUUUAUGUAUGGAAAUAACAUCAGUCAUGUGACCACCGCGGCUUCGUUUACAGGCCAUCAGAAUUUUCAAUGACUUUUCCCAGAAUAAUCGGGUCUAUUGCCGCAAUUUCACUCCGAAUAUUGCACUUUAGGCCUUGAAUUGUCCGAGGACGAUUCGCAUACACUUUUCCUUUAAAAAAUCCCCAAAGAAAAUAGUCAAGAGGUGUUAAAUGGCAAGAUCUCGGAUUUCAUGAAAUUAUGCGGUUUUGAAAUUUCAUGAGCAAUAAGGCGAUUAUUUGGCGAGAUGUGUGACUUGAUGAAACCAAAGAUCGUCAGCACCAAUACGGUCCAAUUGUGGCCACAAAAAGUCUGUUAACAUGCCGCGAUAACGUUCCCCGUUGACGGUAAUGGCCUUUUCUUCAGCAUCUUCAAAGAAGAAAGGUCCAACGAUGCCACCGGCCCAUAAUCCGCACCAAACAGUCACUUUUUCAGGAUGGAGAGGUUGUUCAUGAUAUUGGUGUGGAUUUUCAGCCCCCCAGAAUCUGCAAUUUUGCUUAUUUACGUACCCAUUGAGGUUAAAAUGAGCCUCAUCAGAAAAGAGCCUAUGGCCGAAAAUCCGUCUUCUCUUUCCAGCAUCCAAUUAACAAAAACACGCCGCUGUUGAUGGUCUGCCGGCUUCAAUUCUUGUGUUAGUUGGAUUUUGUAUGGAUGGAGGUGUAGAUCAAUGUGUAAAAUCCGGCGUAAAGUGGUCUCACUAACUGACGCAGCUCAGGUGUUACACAGUUCUCAGUGAGUGCUUAUUCUACGAGGGUGGUCUGAAAAUUUCCCACCCAACAAAGAUACAAGACAUUUUUUCUGAAUUUUUUUUUUCAUUUUUCAUCAUAGUCUUAUAAUAAUAAAUAAUUCUGCACACUUCUCCGAGCUAUGCUCCCAUCUCUGUAACCCGUCUAAAAUAGUACUCGGCGUUUUUUCUCGGCAGAAUAGUUGUUCACGAAGGUGAUUGCCUCUUCAUCUGACGGAAAUCUCUGCCUAAAUAUGUGACAAACACGUUUCUUUGACAUGUUCAUACCUCUGCUAUCUCUCUCACUUUAAUUCGGCGGUCGUCGAGCACCAUUUGGUGAACUUUGGCGAUGUUUUCGUCGUUAGUUGCAGUUUUUGGACGUCCCGAACCGCAGCCGACGUCAACUACGAGCCGUGAUGAAAGAAAGGCAAUGUAGUGCUACCUGUGAACGUCGGCCGCCAGCGGCUGUGUGCUCCGUCUCCGUGUAACAUUCAAGAACUAAAUUUAAUUUUGGAAAAGAGGACAGUUCGAUUCGAUACAAAUCGUCUGAAUAUGAAAUAGCUCUAAAAAAUUUAAAAAUACGAAAUAAUCGUGAUAUAUAUCAGUCGCUAAUGCAGUUAACCUAAUUAAAAGUAUUUAGUUUACGUUUUUUGGUGUCAGCACACUGUGUUCCAACAGGCCCAGCUUGGAAAUGUGGAGUUACCUGUUUGUUUUUAAUACAGUUACUUUCAGUUUUACUGUUAUUUUUCAAUUUUACAUAAUCAUUCAAAAUUAUGUUUGAAAAAAUAGACAAAAGCUUAGAUAAAAUAUCUGCAUAAUUGCGGCCACAGAUGCAAGUUAAAGAAAAUUCACUGUAUAUAAAGUCAGACUGAAUGCUGAGCAAGGUUAACUGACACAAAAUAAAUUUUUGAUUAUUGCUUUUCAAGAAGAAAAUUUCCAUUACUACAUUAAUAAUAGAUUCAAAAAUGGCAUACAUAUGGUAGAAUAUGAUUGGUACAUAACUGGUUGGAAUUGACAGUCCUCCUCUUUGCAAAUGAUCAAAAUAAACAUUUGUUGUUAAUGAACCUUUUUCUUUAACUAGUGGCGAUUUGCAUAUCUCGCAGUUUAGGUUUUUAGAGAUAGCGUGUGAAGCAUAUCCAGAUAUAUAAGUCUUAGUACUAUCCUCUAUGUCACAAUUGGCUAAGUAAUUUGUCUCAAAUACUUCUUUUUCCAAUUGAUAUACAGCACGAAUGUUUUCAAAUUUAGCAUACUGAAUAAUAUCAUUAUUGUCAAAAUUAGGAUAUACAAAAGUUUUGUCUAGGUUUUUUAAAUCAAUCCAAUUAUCUCUGAUACUCUUGAAAAUAUGCACAACAUCAAAAGUUAAAUAUAUGUUCUUAUCAGGAUUAUGUGGAUUUGGAAUAGAAUAAUUUUCUGAUGAAUCCUUUGCUAAUUUCCUGAACAUUGCUCUAUUAAUUCGGUGAUUAUCAGUAACAACACAAUUAACUUCAAAUCCACAUUUUUGAACUAAAUUUAUCUUUGAUCUUAUCCAUAUCAUCGAAAUUCUGGAUAGCUUUUUCAUGUUUCUCAAUUAAUUUUUGUUUUCUUUGCAUUGGGUCAGUUCUUUUGGGUGCUUCAGUUUUUGAAAGAUAUGAUGGCAAGUUUGGGAAAAUGGAGGGAACAGCAUUUUCUUUCAAUUUUGGAUAUUUCAAAG